UUGUCAGAUGAAUUUGAGAAACGGUAAAUAUUAGAAAAUCUAUCUUAUACAUCGUUCUCUAUUUCAAUAGAAAUUUAACAAUAAACAUAACGGGUGAUCCGAAAGUUUCCGCACAAAAUGUUUCUUCAUUUUUCGACCGAUUAAGUAUGUUAAUAGAAACUUUCAAACAAUCGGUUAGAUUCAGGAUUUUAUGCUCCGAAUUUUUGUAGGACUCAUAGUUUAGGAGUUAUGUGCGAAUCUUUGGAAGACUCAAAAAUAAAGUUUGGAAGGAAGCAGUUGAAUUAACAGAUGCAAAAAACCAAAAUGUGAUCGUAUGUCUUUUGGAAUUGAUUUUCUGCUCUUUUUCAUCAACAUUUCUCGGCACUAUCUUAUUUCCGUCGUAAAGACGUCCAAUUUAGCUUAGCUCAAAUUUCUUUUCCUUGAUUACAUCGCAUUUUGAAAUUUUUUGGAUCAUCAUCUUGACAACAUACGUCCUUCUCAACAAUAAUAUCCCUUAUUGAAUUUCUUCUAUUAUCAAUUUUUUACACAGCGUCAAGGACGAGUCCGUUCUUUACAAAGUGAGCUAAGAACUGAGCAUCUUGCAGUAUUUUUUUAGAAAUAAUCAAGCUCUUUUUGACAGUCUGGAAAUCAGAGAAUUUCGAAAACGUCUCUGUGUCUCUUACUAAAACUCUCAUUACUCAGAGAAGCUUCAUUGUAAAUUAAUGAUCAGGCUAUCAUUUUGUAGAGAAAUGUUUACUCUUUCUUUAGGAGUAUCUGAAAUAAAUUUUACGUUUACUUUGGAUGUUUUUUUGUGCACUGAAACCUGUCCAAACUUUAUUUUUAAGCCUUCCAAAGAUUCGCUCAUAGCUCCUAAACUAUGAGUCCUACAAAAAUUCUGAAUCUAACCCUUUGUUCGAAAAUUUCUAUUGACAUACUUAAUCGGUCGAAAAAUGAAGAAACAUUUUGUGUGAAAACUUUCGGACCACUCGUUAUUCGAUAUGAGAUGUGCGGGAUUAUGGAAAGAAAAGUUGCCGAGGUCGGAGUCGAGGUUACAAGAAUAAAGUUGUCCAAAGCGAAAUAAAAGAUUUUUUGUAGUUUCAAGCGAAUUAAAGUAGUCGCAAGAAGUCUCGAUAUCGGAUUAAAAAAGUACACAAACUUCAACCCUGUUGGAUGAUGUUUUGAUGAAAACACUGGAUUUUUUUUCCUAUUGAAAUGUAUUAACUUUCAUUUUCUUAUUAACAAAUAAAAAUUCACAUGUCUAUAUCGCAUUACAGAUAGAAUACUACAAUCCGCUGUAAUCUUUAGGCGGUGGAAAACAUCCCUUAUUUGGGAUAGUACUAGCAUGGUAUUUACUAGAGAAAAUUUCAAGGGCAAAUGAUUAAAAGUAACCGGAGAUAUGGGCAUGUAGAAAUUAUUCAAAGAAUAUAUCAUAAAUCAGGCAAACUAAAACUGUAUGACAUUGAAAUUUUAUCGGUAAUAGAGACAGCACUGAUCUAUUGGAUUAUGGAUCAAAUCGUCGACUAAGGGCCAGCGCUCAAAAAACUAAAAUCACAUACACCAGAACUCGAUUAGAUGUAUCAAAACCAUAAAUAAAAAUGUUGAAUUAUUUGAAUAUAUCUUUUAUUUUCAAGUGAUGGCUGUUUUGAUUGUGGUGAAGUUCCUAAUAUAAAAGUUCUUAUUGAAAUUCUUCUUCAUUCUUCACCACCAAUUGAUACAAAUAGAUCUGAUCUUUUAUAUGUUCAACAUGUUAAAUCAAUGGGUAAUCGUCAAACAUUUCAUCCAAAUAAAUUAGAUUAUGAUUUAUUUAAUGUUGAAAUUGAUAUUGGUCCUGUUAAUUUAUUUUUAUAUGGUUUAUUUUUAAAAAAACUUUGGUGGGUAAAAGUAAGUUGAGAAUGUAUAUUAAAUAUAUUCUUAAAUUUUAUUUUGAUUUAUAAAAAAAAAAAAAAAAGGAAAAUAUAUUUGGUUGGGAUCAAGUGUUU